UUUAAGGCUAUGAUCCCAUUUCAUAACCCUAUAAUUAGCUUCAGCGAGCUAAUGGAUUUCGGGCAAGUUUAUUGAUGGGGGCUUUUUUCCAUGAAAGUGAAGUAGUUUAAUGUAUUGUCUCAGAAGAACUUCAUGCAGCGCCGCCAUUAAUUAUCUUCAGACAAGAUCCAGUCACACUCGAUCAUUAUCGAUUUCCGUCGUAACGAGCAAGACAUCUGAGGCCGAGAGGCGAGCCCGAGCUCUCAGAGUUCUAGAUAUCAUCUCCUCCGAACCCGACCGAGCUCCUGUUCGCCAGAAUCAUCGUAUUAUUCAUCACUUUCAGGACUGUGGUGUCUCGAGGUCAAGAGAUAGAAUCUCGAGCUUUCUCAACGAGAUUCUGCGGGAGGAAUCUUCAAGCUCUGACAGUAGCUGUAUCCAGCAAGACGGGUCGAGAUUCGAUGCCAGCGAUUUGUCUCACGCCGUGAGCUCUUGCGGAUCGAAUCGAGACUUCCGAACCGGUUUAGGGUUUCAUUGUUUGGCUUUGAAAUCUGGGUUUAUAUCCAAUGUUUACGUGGGAACUUCGCUGAUUGCUCUCUAUGGAAAACUCGGUGAGCUUGACAACGCGUAUAAGGCGUUCGACGAAAUGCCUGAGAAGAACGUAGUUUCAUGGACGGCGGUUAUUUCAGGGUUUGCGCAGGAAUGGCGAGUGGAUAUCUGUUUGGAACUGUAUUCCAAGAUGAGAAAUUCAGCCUCUAAGGCCAAUGAUUUCACGUUCACGACCCUUUUGACCGCUUGCACUGGCAGUGGAGCUCUAGGUCAAGGAAGAAGCGUCCAUUCUCAGACGCUUCAGCUGGGUUUCACUUCUUACAUUCACAUCUCUAACGCACUCAUCUCGAUGUACUGCAAAUGCGGAAGCUUGGAGGACGCUCUCUGUAUAUUCAACCAAAUGCCUGAUACAGAUGUUGUCUCUUGGAACUCGAUGAUCGCGGGUUAUGCCCAGCACGGCCUUGUGAGGCAAGCAAUCGAGCUUUUCGAAGAAUUGGUGACGGAAAACAGAAUAAAACCAGAUGGAAUAACCUAUUUGGGAGUCUUGUCAUCGUGCAGACAUGGCGGUCUGGUAAGAAAAGGAAGACACUACUUCAAGUUGAUGUUCAGACACGGUCUGGACCCGGAACUCGACCACUAUUCAUGUCUGGUCGAUCUCCUGGGCAGAUUUGGAUUGUUACAAGAGGCAUUUCAUCUAAUCCAGAGCAUGCCCAUGAACCCGAACGCGGUCAUAUGGGGAUCUCUGCUUUCCUCGAGCCGUGUCCAUGGCGAUGUCUGGAUGGGGAUCAGGGCUUCGGAGGAAAGGCUGGUGCUCGAGCCGGAAUGCCCAGCGACUCAUGUCCAGCUGGCGAAUCUGUACGCGAGUGUCGGGUACUGGAAAGAGGCGGCGAGAGUGAGGAAGGAGAUGAAGGACAGAGGGCUGAGGACGAAUCCGGGCUGUAGCUGGAUCGAGAUCAAUAACAGUGUUUUCAGAUUUAGAGCCGAAGACAGUAGCAACAUUAGAGUGUUGGAGAUCGUUCGUCUUCUCCACUACCUCUUUGAUCAUAUGACAUGUUUGGAUUGUUCAUUAGAGUGUUAGGGACAGAAAAAUAAAGAAACAAAAAACAAAAACAUUGGGAUCUCAUUACUA